UUUAAAAAGACUGCUUAAAUCUGUUCAUCUCAGGUAUCUUCUUUGUUUUGCUUCGUCGGGAGAAACGCGUUACGUGCCACUCGUUAGAAAGCGAACUCAUAAAAUAGGGCAGAUGCGUCUGGCGUAGCGUGGGGCUGAAACGCCCAAAUAUAGAGCAGCAUACGUUUGGAAUUACAAUCACUUCCUACCGCUUGGAAAAUCUGAAAUUGGCCAUAGAGAAGCCCGUUUCGAUAGGCCACGACCUCACAUCGGGACUUUAACGAAACCAAAAACAAAGUGUGUAUGGAGCAGUGUGAGAAUGCCGCAUCUCUCCUGGCCUCCGUGCGAGAGCAGGAGAUGCAGUUCGAGCGUCUGACUCGAGCUCUGGAGGAGGAGAGGAGGAGCGUGGGGCCCUCCGGUACCCUACCCCGCCCCCUCCCCGCCCUGCAGAACGGCCGUGUCACUGGUGAUGCAGAGUUAGAACGGCUCAAAUUAAGUGAGGGAUACAUCAACGGGACUCAGUACAGGAUGUUGGACCCUGGUCAUUUUGUUGAGUCGGUCACAGUGGAGGAGGACCCCCAUGAGUCGAUGCCAUUUAUUUCAGUUGAAACCAUUAAUGAUGGCACCACACGUCGCACUGAGACCACAGUAAAGAAGGUCACAAAGACGACUACCACACGAACAGUCAUUCCCUCAGUCUCCGACACACUUUCCCUUGAUGGCACUGGUUCAGUCACUGGGAUACCCGUUUGUAAUACCCCAGUGGACCGUGUGUACAGGCCACCGGGUGGCCCCAUGGACUACCCCACCGCUACUGUCCCCCGUAACUACCACUAUGGACCACCAGGCUAUGAUGAUUUCCGCAGCUACCCUCCUUCUGAAGCCUACGCCAGUCUCAACCGAGGGACACGAAUGGAUGACCGCUACAGGCCUGUGGAUGGCUAUCGCACGCUGGACUCCGCCUAUUGCACCCACAGCCGGCCGCAGUUGGACCCGUACGCAGCCCAGCCCCAGGUAGGACGUAUGGGUAGUGCUAUGGAGAUCUCUGGCAUGCAGCGAUUUGUACCAGAGCCAUACGGCCUGGAGGAUGAUCAGAGAAGCCUGGGAUACGACGAUCCCGAUUAUGGCAUGGGACCAGCCAUGCAUUACAGCACAAUGCCCCGGUUGGCACAUGCACACCAUGCCCCACCUCCACGCCGGACAGGGUCAUAUGAGGGCACACUGGAUGGUGAUAUGAGUGGAGCUGGUGAUAUGUAUUAUUGGGGCGGAGGAGCUCCGCUGGCUCAGGGAGAGAGAGGCAGCAUGGCAUCAUUGGACAGCACUCUUCGUAAAGGCCCCGCCCCCACAGCAUGGAGGCAGCCGGAGCUUCCUGAAGUCAUCGCUAUGCUCAACUACCGCCUGGACCCUGUCAAAAGCAACGCUGCAGCGUACUUGCAACACCUCACUUUUAAGAACGAUAAGGUGAAGUCAGAAGUAAGACGACUGAAGGGGAUCCCUGCCCUCGUGUCCAUGCUGGAUAACCCAAAGAAGGAGGUGCAUUACGCAGCAUGCGGAGCACUCAAGAACAUCUCAUACGGACGAGAUCCAGAUAACAAGAUAGCCAUCAAGAACUGUGACGGAAUUCCCGCGCUGGUGCGGCUACUGAGGAAGACGAGAGAUCAGGACCUUACUGACACCAUAACGGGCACGCUGUGGAACCUGUCGUCUCACGACUCUGUAAAGAUGGAGAUCGUGGACCACGCACUGCAUGCCCUGUCCGACGAGGUGAUGGUUCCUCGCUCGGGCUGGGAGAGGGGGAACGAAGGGGGAGAGGAGAGCUGCAAACCCAGACACUUGGAGUGGGAGACGGCACUCACCAACACCACCGGCUGCUUAAGGAAUGUGAGCUCGGAGCGGAGCGAGGCCAGGAGGAAGCUGAGGGAGUGCUCUGGACUGGUCGACUCGCUCAUGUACAUCGUCCAGUCACAGAUCAACUGUAAAGAUGUGGACAACAAGAUUUCUGUGCCACUUCGUGUGUCAUUCUAUUUCACUUGUUGCUCAUGCCGUCUGCUUUGUUCAGGAAAAAAAGAGGAUGAUGGAACUUCAGAUACCAUUGACAUUCCAAAGAGAAGCACACCAGCCAAAGGUUAUGAGUUGCUGUUCCAGCCAGAGGUGGUGCGUGUCUACACUUCUCUCCUGAAAGAGAGCAAGAACCCCUCAGUUCUCGAAGCCGCGGCGGGGGCCGUGCAGAACCUGUGUGCGGGCCGCUGGACUUAUGGGCGGUACAUCAGAGCAGUGGUUAGACAGGAGCAUGGCCUGCCGAUGAUGACCGAGCUGUUGUCUCAUGGGAACGACCGUGUGGUCAAAGCCAUGUCCGGAGCCUUGAGAAACCUGGCCAUUGACGCUCGCAACCGUGAGCUGCUAGGGAAGCAUGCAGUGCCUAACUUGGUGGCCAAUCUGCCAGGCGGGGGUCAGAGUCAGCCUGCGCGCGCGCUCUCAGAGGAGACGGUGGUGUCUGUUCUCAGCACUAUGACGGAGGUGGUCGGCUCCAGCGUGGAUGCGGCUAAAACCCUGCGCAGCUCCCAGGGAAUCGAGAGACUGGUGCUCAUCAACAAAGACAGCAACCGUUCAGAUCGGGAGGUGCGUGGCGCUGGGCUGGUGCUGCAGAUCGUGUGGGGCUUCAAAGAGCUCCGCCGCACACUGGAGAAAGACGGCUGGAAGAAAACAGACUUCAUGGUGAACCUUAACCCUCCUAACAACACCCGCAGCAACGGAGGAUACGAGGACAGCACCCUGCCGCUAAUAGACAGGGGGGGCAAACAGGACAGAGACAUGAUUCCUCUUAAUGACAUGGGACCAGACGCUUACUCUACGCUAGACCAGAGAGGACGGAGAAACACUUUAGACGACACUCUGGAUCGCUCUGACAGAGAGGCACUUCAGGGAGGAAUGUAUGGGGAGAGGCGGGGCUCUUUGCCUCUCUUGGACUCUUAUGAUGGUUAGGCCACUCCCCCUCCCCCCCACUCAGUGCAUGAGCACGCAUGAAAAACUGAUCGUGUGCAUCACCCGCCGUGAGUUUCCUCCUCCUGCCUACUGUCCCUGCUGAGCCUCUGAUCUCAUCACUUACGGGACCAUUGCCACUAAUUGCAAAGACCCUUCUGUAGUUUUCAACAUUCUCAUGUUGUCACUCUCAUGUGAUUGAGAACAGCCACUACUUCAAACGGACUCUUUUUAUGUCAAAUAAUGGAAACACUAGGGACUACAAGCUCUAUUUAGUCACAUCCCCAGCUUAUUGAGCUUUAUAAAUCAUUUCCUUAUUAUUUUGUUUUUGUUUUUUGCUUAUGCAUCUAUUAGAACACUAGUAUAGUAUGGCGUCGGUGUUUUGAUUAUUUUGCUUCAUCCUGCUUUGUGGUUCACAGUGAUAAAAAGGUAAAGCCAAAUUGCAUCAGUCAUAUGCGGCCUGCAGAAAAUGUAUAUAGAAUUUUUCGGUAAGUUUUGUGUCUCGUUGAUGCAUUGCCACAGGCAUGAGGCCUAUUUUUUGUCGUUUUCUGAAAGCACUAGACGAUCACCAAUUCCCCUUAAGUUAUCCAUCUGUGGUUUUUGUGGAUGGUCUCGUGGAGUGUUCGGUCUCUAGGAAGUGGUUGUUGUGACCGCGUGGAUGAAGCAUUACAAAAGAGGCAGAGGGAUAUUUGAUUGGGAGAUUUUUGUUUUUAUUUUGUAAACCAGUAGCAUUCAAGAAAGUUCUCUAGUGGUAGGUGAGUAUAGUUUUAUUCAUUCAGUUGUCAAAUUUGCAAAGCUGGUUUGGGAUUAUGUUUUUCCCCCUUUGUUUUGUCUUUUAAAAUUGUCACUGACAACGAUUAGCUUCUGUGUGGGAACUCAACAGUUCCUCACUCUUCAUUUAUAAUAAGUACAAUUAAAUAGCCACAAAAGAGAAGAUAAAAAAAAGCCUUUAACUCUGAGACAAAUUGUAGCCCUGGACUUCGAUCUGUCUGAAUAUAAAUGAAUGUGUAAAUAUGACCGUGUCUCACAAAUCCACUCUGCAUACUUGGAGUGCCUCGCUUGCUCAGCGCGACGUUUGAGUGUGUUUGUGAUGAGCGGUGAACAGGGAUGUUUGGCCACCCUUCUGCCUCUUGGUUUCAGUGCCUGUCUGUGUAGAGAGUGAACGAGUGUACAUUUGAGGAUGUAUAUGCAUUUUUUUUUUUUUUCUGAGAUCCAUAAGUACAGUGCUCGUUUCUUAGACUGCAUAAUUAAAAAUGCACAGUAAGUCUGUUGUAGAUAUUUACUGAAUGGAAACUUUAGCACUAGGGGUAAUGGAU